CGCCCUCUGCUCUGUCCCCACAGGUGAGGCCCGUGCAUGCCGCCCGCUGCCCCGGCCGCCACUCGGGAGGAGCGCCGCGGAGCCCUGAGCCCGGCCGGGAGCCCGCCAUGUGUCCCGUCAUCGUCACCUGCCGCUCCAUGCUCUGGACGCUCCUGAGCAUCGUGGUGGCCUUCGCGGAGCUGAUCGCCUUCAUGAGCGCGGACUGGCUGAUCGGGAAGGCGCGGAGCCGCGGCGGGGCCGAGCCGCCAGGCCCGGGCGCCCUGGAGCGCCCGCACCCGACGCUGGGCCUGUACACGCGCUGCAUCCGCAACCCGGGCGUGCAGCAGGUGCCGCGCGACACGCUGUGCGGGCCCUACGCUGAGAGCUUCGGCGAGAUCGCCAGCGGCUUCUGGCAGGCCACGGCCAUCUUCCUGGCUGCCGGCAUCUUCGUGCUGUGCGCGGUGGCGCUGGUGUCGGUCUUCUCCAUGUGCGUGCAGAGCGUCAUGAAGAAGAGCAUCUUCAACGUGUGUGGCCUGCUGCAGGGCAUCGCAGGCCUCUUCCUCAUCCUCGGGCUGAUACUCUACCCUGCGGGCUGGGGCUGCCAGAAAGCCAUAGACUACUGCGGACCUUACGCGUCUGCCUACAAGCCUGGAGACUGCUCCCUGGGCUGGGCCUUCUACACGGCCAUCGGCGGCACGGUCCUCACCUUCGUGUGCGCCGUCUUCUCUGCACAGGCCGAGAUCGCCACCUCCAGCGACAAAGUCCAGGAAGAGAUCGAAGAGGGCAAGACCCUCAUCUGCCUGCUCUAGGGCCCUGUCCGCGCUGCGACCUUGGCCUCCAGCCAGCCUCCCCUGCCACAGCCACGUGCACAGCCCCAGGCCUUCCAGGGACGAAGGAGAUGCAACCUCCAGCCACGCCAGGCUACCGGACACGAGGGCCGCGGCACGCCGGCGGUCCUCAGCCUUGGCGUGCAUGCAGACCCAUCACCCUCGGGCUCAGGGCGGCCGUUGUCUGUAACUCGCAGCCUCAGCUGCAGGCCGUUCCCAGCAUGCUCCUGUCCCGGCCCCCAACCUGCACGCCGUGAGCAUCUCAACCCCAGAGUGAUGUCGGGUCGGUGGCUGCAUUUCCCUCCGCUCCAGGAAGACCACAGACCACUGGGGCAGGACGUGUGUGGGCGGGCCCCCCGCACGCUGGCUCGUGCUUAGCUAACCAAGCUGGAUCAAUUCAGCCCUGACUCUUGGAACUUUGGGAAUAUCAGUGGGGGUGGAGGCAGGCCCUGGGCACUCACCUGAGCAUCCCAGUAGAGUCUCGCUCCUGAAGACCAGCGUCCUCUGCCCAGCGACCUGGCCAGCACCCAGCCAGCCGCCCCCGAGCCCAAGUCACAUUCUCCUGGGCUUCGGGACGGAAUCUGCACGUCCCGCUGCUCCCUGCUUGCUACCCGCGGCGCCCGCCGGCAGCAGGGGGAGAGGAGCAGCCGUGGGGUUGGGUUCCUCCAGGUACAGGUGUGGAUUCUGAAAGCAGAGUGGAGGAACGUGAGUCUGCAGCAGCGAAGACGUCAUUGCCAAGGAAACAUCCCCCAGCCACGACGGGAGCCCGGGCCAAGCUCACGGCGCCUGUCCACAAAGGCUCUGGUGCCACGGGGAGGAAGGACGCGGGGUGUCUCAUCCGGCUUCGUGGCUGUCCCAGAACGGGGCGGUCCCGGUGCCCCCGAAGCAGCAGGCACUCAGCCGGGCCAGCCAGGGCCGCGUUCAGGAGGGGAGGAAGUACCGGUCUCGGUUCCCGCGGCGUUCACUUGCGGCUGCAGAAUCGUUCCGAUUCGGCACUGCUGUGAGCAAGGUGCUGACCAGCUUUCCCGGCCCGCACUGCCCCAGGAGUCCCAUCAAAGCUCCCUGACCCUGGAACCAGGCCUGGGGCGGCGGAGGCCACGCUGAACAGAACCUCCCCCCGGGGCAGGCUCGGGCGGGGGCAGGCUCGGGCGGAGCUCCCGUUUCUCCGUCAGCCACGUGCAGGGACGUGGGGUAAACAUGGCUUCCCAGCGGCCGAGGAGACCGCCAGGGGCCAGGGCUCCGUCCUCUGAGUCCCUGUGCCGACGCUGACACCGCGGCGGGACGUUGCAGGACGAACAGCCCAUUUCCACCACUGGGGAAUCGUCCCCGUCUGCGCCCAAGCCCCAGGCAGGUGAAGCCUCCGCUCCUGUGCAGGCGCCGCCCCUGCUGCGUCCCCAAGGCUGAGGCCACCCUGACCGUGCCUGGGAGGACGCACCCCACUGCCAGAACCGAGCCCCGCUGGGGUCAGCGCGUUCAUGUCCAGGCUUCGGACACACGCAUGCACACACAAGCCCAAACCACUGACCACUGCCCGCGCACAGCACAGCCCCGCUCUGCUUCCAGAGACAGUACGAUGACCACUCGGUCCCCCUCGGUCCCCCUGCCGUCAGCGCCUGAGCCAGCCGCCGCGGGACGCCAUUCUGGGCCCCAGCCAUAACCAGCGCUGCUCCCCGGCCCUGCACGACUGCCGGCAUCCACUCGGACCUUUGUGGAUCCUUUAAACCUGUGUGCGAAUUCAGCGAUGCUGCCCGAGUGUGUGCGGCUUUCUGGAGAGUGCUCGGACAUCUGUGGUGUACUGAUCUCUGGUAGACGUGUACUCUGUAACGUGCCAUAGUCUUUUUGUACGUGUAGCGUAUUUAAAGUAUAUAUGUAUAUUACACAUACACAGAUUUGUGUGAAAGAUGUGCAAUAACAGGCGUAUGUGUGUUGCGUUUUUCGGAAACUGGACAGGAGUCAAAACAGAGAUGUUUUGGCAAAGAAGAGUUAAACAUUGCUGCCUUCAUGAAACUCCUAACGAUGCUAAUGCUACACAGAUCCUACGUGAAGAGGAGACUGGCAUGGACCACGCUCCCCUGGGUCUCCAUUCGCGUAAUCACUAGCUGUAUGUGAGCCUGACGCCAGCAGAGCGGGCCAGCUGAUGCUCGUCUUUCGUGUGAAAUGUGAAGCUUUCCUGCUAGUGUGGUAACUCGUAGCUGGUACAUAAUCCCUGAGGGCUCUUCUGAGCGUGCCUGUGCAGACCGUGUUAAUGCUAGACCACUGCUGAAGGGCUGACCCGACACCUCCUGCGCCGGCAGCGUCCGGCUGAGAACACACCUCGCUGUGGCCGCCGGGAGUCCCUGGGCAGCACUGACGCCCGAGGGCCCAAGGACUGAGCGGCGGGGAGGCCCGGAGCCGGGGCGGGAGGUGCUCUGCAGGAACACGCACCCCCUGAGCCAAUGUGAAAUGGGACUGACAGCUGUGGACUCCUGAGCCUUCCAACUGGUGGUUCUCCUCGUGUCCUGUAAACCGACCCUGUUCCUUAGCGGGUUAGGUCCCCGUGUACAUAUAUUUCCAGUGUGUUCCUCGCCCCUCCCCCGGUCUGAAUUAAACCAAAUUUUGCAAAUUA